CCGGCUCGGGCGCCGUCUCCUGCUCCUCCCGGCCGCCCGGGGCCAAGGCGACGUGAGGUUGUGAAAAUCCAAGUGGGACGGCCCCUGGGCGAGCAUCGGAAAGGUUCAACUCUCAAUGAGGCCCUUUCCACAUGGUACUCAAAAGUGUCAUCUUGAAAGCAGAUCAUCCCAGCUGUUUCCCAGUUGUUCCAGCUAAAGUCAUGAUCUCUGAUUGGAGUCAUUUCCUGGUAUAGACUAUGAAAAGAAUGCAGUGAAAGUUCUGGCCGACAGUGGAAAUAUUGGCUUACUCCCCAACGUAGUAUAGCAUUUCUUCUCUUCAGUAGCACCUCAUAGUAGAAGAAAAAUGUAUGGAAGUGCGAGAACAAUCACUAAUCUGGAAGGGAGCCCUUCCAGGUCUCCUCGUUUGCCAAGGUCUCCUCGUUUGGGCCACCGAAGAACAAGUAGUGGAGGAGGUGGAGGAACAGGCAAGACUCUGUCGAUGGAGAAUAUCCAGUCCCUUAAUGCAGCCUACGCUACUUCUGGACCCAUGUAUCUGAGUGACCAUGAGGGAGUGGCUUCAACGACCUAUCCAAAGGGCACCAUGACUCUGGGAAGGGCCACUAAUCGAGCUGUGUAUGGGGGCCGAGUCACAGCCAUGGGGAGCAGCCCCAAUAUUGCUUCUGCUGGACUUUCCCACACUGAUGUCCUCUCAUACACGGAUCAACAUGGUGGUCUGACCACCUCAUCCCAUCACCACCCCCACCAGGUCCCCUCCAUGUUGAGGCAGGUAAGGGAUAGCACAAUGCUGGAUCUUCAAGCCCAGCUCAAGGAACUUCAGAGAGAGAAUGACCUCCUCCGGAAAGAGCUAGACAUCAAGGACAGCAAGCUGGGAUCUUCCAUGAACAGUAUCAAGACCUUCUGGAGUCCUGAGCUCAAGAAGGAGAGAGUCUUGAGGAAAGAAGAGGCAGCCCGAAUGUCCGUCCUCAAGGAGCAGAUGAGGGUUUCUCAUGAAGAAAAUCAGUUACUGGAUGCCAGAAGAACCAAGCAUCUGCAGUUGACCAUCCAGGCCCUUCAGGAUGAGCUGCGGACCCAAAGAGACCUCAACCACCUCCUGCAGCAAGAGAGUGGCAGCCGGGGAGCUGAGCACUUCACCAUUGAGCUGACCGAGGAGAACUUUCGGCGGCUCCAAGCUGAGCAUGACAGGCAGGCUAAAGAGCUCUUCCUUUUGAGGAAGACCUUGGAGGAAAUGGAGCUGAGAAUCGAAACGCAGAAACAGACCCUCAAUGCCCGAGAUGAGUCGAUUAAAAAGCUUCUUGAGAUGUUGCAAAGUAAAGGUUUGCCAUCCAAAAGCCUUGAGGAUGACAAUGAACGGACGCGGCGGAUGGCAGAGGCUGAGUCUCAGGUCAGCCACUUAGAAGUGAUUUUAGACCAGAAAGAGAAGGAAAAUAUACAUCUUCGAGAGGAAUUGCACCGAAGAAGCCAACUUCAGCCGGAGCCAGCCAAGACGAAGGCUCUCCAGACUGUCAUUGAAAUGAAGGACACAAAAAUCGCUUCAUUGGAGCGAAACAUAAGGGAUCUUGAGGAUGAGAUCCAGAUGUUAAAAGCCAAUGGUGUGCUGAACACUGAAGACCGUGAGGAAGAGAUCAAACAAAUAGAGGUUUACAAAAGUCACUCCAAGUUCAUGAAAACCAAGAUUGAUCAGCUGAAGCAGGAACUUUCAAAGAAGGAGUCAGAACUUCUUGCCUUACAAACAAAGCUUGAAACCCUUAGCAAUCAAAAUUCAGAUUGCAAGCAACACAUUGAAGUGCUUAAAGAGUCGCUUACUGCCAAAGAACAGAGGGCUGCCAUCCUGCAGACUGAGGUGGAUGCACUGAGAUUACGACUGGAAGAGAAAGAAUCCUUUCUCAAUAAAAAAACAAAACAGCUACAGGACCUCACAGAAGAAAAGGGGACACUAGCUGGAGAGAUCCGUGACAUGAAAGAUAUGUUAGAAGUAAAGGAAAGAAAAAUCAAUGUUCUUCAGAAAAAGAUUGAAAACUUGCAAGAACAACUUAGAGAUAAAGACAAGCAACUGACCAAUCUGAAAGACAGAGUCAAGUCCUUGCAGACGGAUUCCAGUAAUACAGAUACUGCACUGGCGACACUAGAGGAGGCUUUGUCAGAAAAGGAGAGAAUAAUCGAGCGUUUGAAAGAACAGCGGGAGAGAGAUGAUCGGGAAAGACUAGAAGAGAUAGAAUCCUUCCGAAAAGAAAACAAAGACCUGAAAGAGAAGGUCAAUGCUUUACAAGCUGAACUGACUGAAAAAGAGUCUAGUUUAAUUGACCUUAAAGAACAUGCGUCUUCAUUAGCCUCAGCAGGACUGAAAAGAGACUCCAAAUUAAAAUCUCUAGAAAUAGCCAUCGAACAAAAGAAAGAGGAAUGUAGCAAAUUGGAAGCACAGUUAAAAAAGGCCCAUAAUAUUGAAGAUGACUCCAGGAUGAACCCCGAGUUUGCAGACCGAAUAAAACAGCUUGAUAAAGAAGCAUCUUAUUACCGUGAUGAGUGUGGCAAGGCCCAAGCGGAAGUCGACCGGCUGCUGGAGAUCCUCAAGGAAGUGGAAAAUGAAAAGAAUGACAAGGACAAGAAGAUUGCGGAACUUGAGAGGCAUAUGAAAGAUCAAAAUAAGAAAGUGGCCAACCUCAAACACAAUCAACAGUUGGAAAAGAAGAAGAAUGCCCAGUUACUGGAGGAGGUCCGCAGGCGGGAAGACAGCAUGGCUGACAACUCACAGCACUUGCAGAUAGAAGAGCUGAUGAAUGCGUUGGAAAAGACCAGACAGGAACUGGAUGCCACCAAAGCACGCCUUGCCUCAACACAGCAGUCCCUGGCUGAAAAAGAAGCACAUCUGGCCAACCUCCGGAUAGAGAGGAGGAGACAGCUGGAGGAGAUCCUGGAGAUGAAACAGGAAGCACUGCUAGCGGCAAUCAGUGAGAAAGAUGCAAACAUUGCCUUGCUGGAAUUGUCUGCCUCCAAAAAGAAAAAGACACAGGAAGAAGUCAUGGCCCUCAAGCGGGAAAAAGACCGACUAGUGCAUCAGUUAAAGCAGCAGGUGGGGCCUCCUGCACGAAAGACCCAGAACAGAAUGAAGCUGAUGGCAGACAACUAUGAUGAGGACCAUCACCAUCACCAUCACCACCACCACCACCACCACCGCUCUCCUGGGAGGUCGCAGCAUUCCAAUCACAGGCCUUCUCCAGACCAGCUAUCAGAAGGGUUGAAUAAAGGGAAAAUGCAGCUCUGCAGCAAUAUUCUGAUAAUCUAUUGCAGUGUGGCUCACCUCACUGUCUACCCCACCUGGAGCAGCUCAUCAGACCUGAAGAGGAAUUUUCACUUUCAUUAUGGAGCAUGAUUCUGUUCGACUUACUAUUUCCUUCAUCUCAUGUCAUGUCCCAUGGAUUUGAAUAUGUUGGAAAGACUUACCUGGAAGAAGAGAAAAAUGAGAGCUCCUCCAUUUUUUUUCAUUGGGAUUCAUGCACUUAAAAUAUGGCCAUCUCUUCUAAAAGUCAUUUUGGGAUAACAUUUUAUUUGUGUUAUUUAAAUAUCAUUGGAUAAAUUUUAACUCCAUGAGAUUUUUAAGUGUGGGUUCAGCUUCUGUUGGACUACUAGCUUCAUCUCCAGUUAUUCUGCUGGUUCAGACAAACUGGUCAUUCUGAAUGCAUUAGAUUAUCAAAAAGUGUAAAUUCGCUGUGAGUGAGUGGUGUUGGAAGUGUUUGUGUACCAAGAUGCAGGCACUGUUUGGCAAAGAAACAAAACACCAAAAAUUGCGAGACUUUACCCUCCUCUAUCCUUAAUCUGCUGUUUGAAGAAAACUAUUUUGAUGGUGUAACUCGUAGAUACCUCUGGGCCAGGUUGGAAAUGAAAUGAAUUUUUAAACCACUACUACUUGCCAAGAAAUCGCCUUAUAAGAACAUGGUGUGUGUCUCUGACAAUGCAUGGCACAUCUAAAUUUGAUCAUUCAUGAUUUUAUCUACCCUGCCUUUGUACUGAGGAGUGGCAAAAGUCUGAGGUACCUACAUAUAUUCCAUGUGUCCCAAAUAUCCCCACAGUGGGGAUGUGACCCAGCCUCAGACUCUUACCAUUCCCAUACAUGCAGGUCUCCAUGAAGAAGCUGGGACUCAUUCACAUUUCAAAUUCCAAUUGCUGUGCAAACAGUAUGAGCUUAGAUCUUCUGUAAAUGAUGGGUCAUUUUCCAUUUUUUUUAAAAUUGUCUCUAACAUGGAUUCCAAAGCAUUUUCAGCAUCCAACAUGAAAACAUUGGUGAAUGAGGAGGAAUCACAAAGCUGUGUAUCUGUAUAUAGCUCUACACAACAUGUAUGUUAGUACAGAGUCAUUAUUUAAAGCACAUGCCAGGAAAAGAGACCAAAUUUUGAGGUCUUUUACAUACAAGACAUGGUACUAAGGAGAAUUAAACUCCUAUUGCUUCCUCUGAAGAUUAAAAAAAAAAGUUGUUAUAACUUCAUACAACUGAUGACCAAGUCUGGCAAACAUGUGCACCUCUUAUCUUGCUCCAUUUUCUUGUCAAUGGAAGAACCCCUUCCACGUGUAUGCUAGUGGGGGAUGAAAAUCUGCAUUUUUAAAGGGCAAACAGUGAAUUUAAGCAUGAGUGGCCUUAAUAAAUACAGUUGUCUUUCUUUGCUGCUGUGGAAAGGAUUCUAAACAGAUAUUCCCAAAAUCUUGCAUUGAAUUUAGUCAUUGUUCUUACUUUCUUAAAUGUUGGUGCAAUUAACUCUGGACCUCUCGUGAGCCAUGUGAUAUUUAAAAGACAGAUACCUUAUUUGUUGACGAAAAUGAAACCGUCUCUGAGUUGCACUGUUCAUUCUUGGUGCAUUAGGAAUAAUAUAUUCAAGCUGGUUUCUUGCUUCUGGCUUUGUUCUUGUUGUCAGUAAGUAUAGUGCACUAUGUAAAGCUUACCUGUCUCAUAUACAAUCCAAAUGCAUUUAUGUUUAAAAAGUUUGUCCUUUAACUAUUAAAGAGAUGUAGGUCUUGGUUGGAGUGUAAGCAGAGUUCUUUGCAAACAUAUUUAGCACAUUUUGACACAAUGUCCCACUGAAAGCCCAGGCCACAAACACAUCCCCAUGAGCAUUUGCGUGUCCUCCGAUAGGCGGCCGUCACUCCCUCCUAUAGCCGGGUCUUGACCUGAACUCUGCAAUUGAAUACUUGAAGUAGGAAAUCCACCAGGGAAAAUAAGGUCUUCAAAACAGAAAAAAAACCAACUGUGUAUAGUUAGUUAUUUCUAAUUAUGUGCCAAUUUUUCCACAAGUAUUGUUUUGGGGGUCAUUUCUUGUCUCAGUUACGUUGAUUACAAGUAUCUUACCUUUUAAGUUAGUGUAUCAUCUAGUCCCUUAACAUGUUAAAACUCUGUCUAACAAAGCAUCUUUUCCCAUUUCAUGUAAUAUUCUCUGAUGCUUGGGGGUUACAAAAAAAUCCUUUUUCACAUGUUAAAAAUAGUCUCUGGGUUUACAACAAGCACUGUGAUGUUUGGGAAGAUAUUUCCUUUGCUCAAACUUUAGCAGGUUCCGCUCUAAUCAUAAUGAAAUUUAAAGAAGUUUGGGCUAAUAUUUAGGAGAAGUUUGUAUUCUUUGUGCAGAAGCAGGCUUGUACUUUUUACCCCAUUUAAUUUUGAUGUACAGUCUCAAUUUUGUAUUUAAUGAUUUUUGUGUAUCCAGUAUGCACGUGAACAGCGUGUCAGCUUUCAUUUGAAAGUGGUUUUCAGUUUACUUUUGCAGCAGUGUUUAUGACGAGACCUCAAAUGUGUUGACCUAAGUUCUAUCUGAGCUGUUUUUGUGUAGAGUGGUGUUUGAAUGCUGCUAGGGGUCAGUGUAUCUAAUUCCCCGAGACCUGAGACCCUCGUUUGAUAGUGCUUCUUGUAAUAUUUCUCCAGUGAGUGGCAUGUGGGUUGUGAUAUUGAUCAUAUGAUUAUGGACAUCGAUAUGAAAAAAAAAUAAUAAAACUAAGGAACCCUCAGAAACUACCAGUGGGCAUGUAUUAGCCAGUUGUUGUAACCUUGUGUCUAGUAGAAGUACAACGUACAAGGUAUGUACAGUUCAUAAAUUUGUUAUCAUGUGUAUGAAAAGUACUUUGUGCUGAUUGCCUUAUUUAUAUUCAUCAAAUAAACUUGGUUUCUUUCUGAAGG